CCACCUGCGGCCGGAAUCGUCUUCUCCUCCUCUCGUCGCAGCCCUCGCAGCCCCGUCCUGGUCUCUGCCCCCGACCCCUCCCGGUGGGGACCUCCCUCUUGCGGUGGGGCCUAUCUGCCCGGCCACGUGGCCAACGCGACCCGCUAUAAAUCCCCCGCCCUCGCAGCCUCCGGUUCCACAGCCCCCCUCUCGCUCGCUUCGUGCACACAGAUCGAGCCAGCCACACCCACAAGCUAGCGCCGCCGCCGCCGCAUCUGUAGCUCUCGAAGCCACCGGCGAAGCGGGCGAGAUGUUCAUCGAGAGCUUCCGCGUGGAGAGCCCGCACGUGCGGUACGGCGCGGCGGAGAUCGAGUCGGAGUACCGGUACGACACGACGGAGCUGGUGCACGAGAGCCACGACGGCGCCUCCCGCUGGGUCGUCCGCCCCAAGUCCGUCCAGUACCACUUCAGGACCAGCACCACCGUCCCCAAGCUCGGGGUGAUGCUCGUGGGGUGGGGCGGCAACAACGGCUCGACGCUGACGGCUGGGGUCAUCGCCAACAGGGAGGGGAUCUCAUGGGCGACCAAGGACAAGGUGCAGCAGGCCAACUACUAUGGCUCUCUCACCCAGGCGUCCACCAUCAGGGUUGGGAGCUACAACGGGGAGGAGAUCUACGCACCCUUCAAGAGCCUCCUGCCCAUGGUGAACCCAGAUGACCUUGUGUUCGGGGGCUGGGACAUUAGCAACAUGAACCUGGCUGAUGCUAUGACCAGGGGCAGGGUGCUUGACAUUGAUCUGCAGAAGCAGCUCAGACCUUACAUGGAAUCCAUGGUGCCUCUCCCUGGCAUCUAUGACCCCGAUUUCAUCGCUGCCAACCAGGGAUCCCGCGCAAACAAUGUUAUCAAAGGCACCAAGAAGGAGCAGAUGGAGCAGGUCAUCAAGGAUAUCAGGGAGUUCAAGGAAAAGAACAAAGUGGACAAAGUGGUGGUGUUGUGGACUGCAAACACUGAAAGGUACAGCAAUGUCUGUGUUGGGCUCAAUGACACAAUGGAGAACCUCCUGGCGUCUGUGGACAAGAACGAGGCGGAGAUAUCACCGUCAACACUGUAUGCCAUUGCCUGCGUCAUGGAGGGUGUACCGUUCAUUAACGGGAGCCCUCAGAACACCUUUGUGCCUGGGUUAAUCGAUCUUGCUAUUAAGAACAACUGCCUGAUUGGUGGUGAUGAUUUCAAGAGUGGACAGACAAAGAUGAAGUCUGUCCUAGUUGAUUUCCUUGUUGGUGCUGGAAUAAAGCCCACUUCAAUUGUCAGCUACAAUCACUUGGGGAAUAAUGAUGGCAUGAACCUAUCUGCACCUCAAACAUUCCGAUCCAAGGAGAUCUCCAAGAGCAAUGUGGUCGAUGACAUGGUCUCAAGCAAUGCUAUCCUCUACGAGCCUGGCGAGCAUCCUGACCAUGUUGUCGUGAUCAAGUAUGUGCCGUACGUUGGAGACAGCAAGAGGGCCAUGGACGAGUACACCUCAGAGAUCUUCAUGGGCGGCAAGAACACCAUCGUGCUGCACAACACUUGUGAGGACUCUCUCCUUGCCGCGCCAAUCAUUCUUGACCUGGUGCUCCUGGCCGAGCUCAGCACCAGGAUUCAGCUGAAAGCCGAGGGAGAGGAGAAGUUCCAUUCCUUCCAUCCAGUGGCUACCAUCCUGAGCUACCUCACAAAGGCACCCCUUGUUCCUCCUGGCACACCUGUGGUGAACGCCCUGGCCAAGCAGAGAGCUAUGCUCGAGAACAUCAUGAGGGCCUGCGUUGGGCUAGCCCCUGAGAACAACAUGAUCCUGGAGUACAAGUGAGGAAGUCUGCCGAGGCUGGGCAGCAGUAGCAAGUGACAAGAGAGAGGCGAAUGGAAGGGAUGAAGAAAGACAUGACUGACUAGCUCAACGUAAUUGUUUAGCUCGAUCUCCUGUGUUUUUUUUUCGUUCUUUCCCAUUCUUAACCUUUUUGUGCUUGUGUGAGACUCUAUCGGGCUAUGCAAUUAGCAGCCUUUGUAUGGCACCGGAUGCCAUUAUGGAUGAUGUUUUUAGCUAGUUCCCUUCUCAGUUUCGGAUAUUGCAGUUCAUCGGUGGCUUUGUACUAAGCGUUUUAUUUUCUCGCCUUCCCUAACCA